AUGAGAGAGGAAGGAGGUGAGGAAUGGAGGGAAGGAGGAGUGGAAUGGAAGGAAGGAUGGAAGAAGGAACAGAGGAAUGAAUGGAGUGGAUGGAGGAAGGAAGGAAAAGAGAGAAGAGGAAUGGAGGAAGGAAGAAAAGGAGAGGAGUGGAAGGAAGAGAAGAAUGGAAGGAGUGGAAGGAAGGAGGAGGAAGUGAGGACACAGAGGAGUGGAGGAAGGAAUGGAGUGGAUGAGAUGAGGUGGAGAGGAGUGGAAGAGGAAGGGAGUACAUGGAUGAAAAGAGUGGAGGAAGAGGAGGAAAUGGAAGGAAGGGAGGAGUGGAGGGAGGAAGGAUGGAAAGAGAAGGAUGGACAGGAGGGAAUGGAGUGGAAGGAGAGUGGAGUGGAAGGAAGGAGUGGAGUGGAGGGAGACAGGAGGAAGAGGAGGAAUGGAGGGAAGGAGGAGUGGAGGAGUGGUGGAACAGUGGAUGGAGGAUUGAAGGGAGGCAGGAGUGGAAGGAAGUGGAGUGGAAAUGGAGGGAAUGGAGAAAAUGGAAGGAAGAGAGGAACAGGAGAGAGUGGAAAGGACAGGAAUGGAAGGAGUGGAGCGGAAGAGUGGAGGAUGGAGAGGAGUGGAAGGAAGGAGGAAUGGAAGGAGGAGCCACUGGAGUGGCAGAGACAGCGGAAUGGACAGGAGUGGAAAGGAAGAGAGCAGCAGGGAAGAGGGAGCGGAGGAAGAGAGGAAGGAAAGAGGAGGAGUGGAGUGGAAGGGAGGAAGUGGAGCAGGAGUGGUAGUGGAAACAGGAGGAAGGAGGUGGAAACAGAGGAGGCAUGGAGUGGAGGAAACAGAGGACAGUGGAGCAGGAAGGAGCCGGACAGAGGAAACGAGGAAACGAAGGGAGCCGGAGCUGGAGUGAACGGAAGCAAGUGGAGUGAAACGGAGGAACAGGAGGAAUGGAGGAAGACACGGAAUGGAGAGAAAGAACAGAGGGAUAGAGGAAUGGAGGAAGGAAUGCACAGGAAGGACGUGGAGAGGAAGGAACAGUGGAGGAGCAGGAAGAGGCAGGAAGGAAACAGACAAGGACAGAGGACAGCAGAGGACACAGAAGGACAGAGGAGGCAGUGGAGGACAGACAGGAAGGAGCCGGCACGAGGAACAGAGGCACAGUGGAGCACAGGAGAAGGAAGGAGCACAGGACAAGGAGUAUGGAGCAGAGGUGGAGGAAAGGAGGAACAGCAGGAAACGAGAGAGUGGAAACAGAGGAAAAUGGAUGGAGCAGUGGAAACGGAGGAACGGAGACACAAGAGGAAACAGGACAAGGAAAACGAGACAGGAACAGAAGGAGGAACAGGGAGGAAACAGACAGACAGAGGACCAGGAGGACAAUGGAUGGAACGCAGGAACGUGAGUGGAGCAGAAUGGAGGAAUGGAGGAAAAGGAAUGGAGGCAGGAACAAGGAAACAGUGGAGGAGGACAAGGAGGACAUGA